AUGCGCUACAUUGCCUCCUAUCUCCUGGCCGCCCUCAGGGGCAAUUCCUCCCCCAGCACUAAGGACAUCAAGAAGAUCCUGGACAGCGUGGGUAUCCAGGCAGACGACGACUGGCUCAACAAGGUCAUCAGUGAGCUGAACAGAAAGAACAUCGAAGACGUCAUCGCCCAAGGUAUUGGCAAGCUGGCCUGUGUCCCCACUGGUGCCGCUGUAGCUGUCUCUGCUGCCCCAGGGUCUGCAGCUCCUGCUGCCGGCUCUGCCCCAGCUGCAGCAGAGGAGAAGAAGGACGAGAAGAAGGAGGAGUCAGAGGAAUCGGAUGAUGACAUGGGCUUUGGCUUGUUCGAUUAGAGUCCUGUCCCCACAAAUGAAACCCUUUUUAUGUAUCUCUUA